UGCAAAUGUAUCUGGAGGAAGAAGCAUACAGAAAGGAAAAACGGCUAUCGCAUCUGUAUGAUCAAUGGAAAACCCAGGGACGUACAGCACGUCAGCAAUUAAAGGAAGACAUAUCAAACAGUCAAAUCUCCUUACUUAUGGACAAUAUAGAGAAGGAAAGAGACAGUGUCAUUAAGUGGUAUACAGAAAUCAGGGAACACAUUACUCCCUCUAGUGACACAAGGAGACUGAUAGAUGCAUGUGAGGCUGUCACAAAGGACAUUAUUAAAGUUGCACAUGAAAGACUCUCAAACAUAGAUGACUAUGACAGUAAAGAAGUAAAGGCACGUCUCCGUGAGCUACGUGACCCAGACUAUGCUCAGUCCAUAUACGGUUCUUCAGUCACGCCUUCAGGUAAAUACUCCACUUCUAGCCAAUCACAUUCAUCAAGAUCAGUGGUAGCUGCAAAGAGAACGGAGGCUGCCGCAGAGUUAGCAGCUAAGGAAGCAGAAUAUGAGGCGUUAAUGGAAGAGGAGAAACAAAAAGAAAGGAUUCAACGUUUAGAAGAAAGGCAACGAAAGGAACUUGAAUCUCAAAAACGUGAGCUAGAGAGGAUAAAGGCAGAAGGGGAUGUUAAGGCUGCACGAGCCAGAUUAAUAACCUAUGAUCAAGAUAUAAGGAAUGAGAAUAGUAUUCACACAGAUGUUAGUAAAGAGACUCAGCAACCCCUUAUAAUUUCAGCUCCCAGUCAAAUGCCCAACAGUCACAUAAUGUAUACUGCAGAACCAAAGGCAGAUGUAGUUUACCUAGCUCAAGCAGUACAAGAUAGUAUUACAAUGAACAGACUACCAAUACCAGAACCCUCAUUGUUCACAGGAGACCCAAUACAGUUCAUUGAGUGGAAAGCUUCAUUUACUGCGCUCAUUGAUAAAAAGAACAUAUCAUCCGCUGACAAACUGCAUUACUUAAAGAAGUACGUAGGAGGUCCAGCUCGUAAGACACUUGAUGGUAUAUUCUACAGAAAUGACAAUGACGCCUACAAGGAUGCAUGGGAACGUCUCAACCAGAGGUACGGACAUUCGUUUGUCAUUCAAAGGGCAUUCAGAGAAAAGCUGACAAACUGGCCGAAGAUUCAGCCAAAGGACUCUGCAGGAUUCAGAACAUUUGCAGAUUAUAUUCAAACAUGUCAAGAAGCUAUGCCACACAUUAAAGGAUUAACCAUCCUCAACGAUUGUGAGGAGAACCAAAAACUGGUUCAAAAGCUGCCAGACUGGGCAGCAGUAAGGUGGAAUCGACAGGCUACUCAGUCUAUGAAAAGAAGUGGUGAAUUCCCAAGUUUCAAGGACUUUGCUGAGUUCAUGUCAUCAGAAGCAGAGAUUGUGUGCAACCCAAUUACAUCAUUCCAUGCACUCCGCUCAUCUGACAUCACCACUAGUAAAAGUCACCAAAGGGAAAGAAGGCCUGCAUCUAAUGUUCUCCACACGCAGACAACAACAGAGACUGAAAGUUCAAACCACAGCAAACCAAACGCAAAACCACCAUGCAUGCUAUGUCAAGACAACGGACACAGACUUCACAGUUGCACACAGUUUAAAAGUAAAUCACUGGAUGAACGAAGGAAAUACAUAAAGGAGAAAAAACUGUGUUAUGGCUGCCUCAAACUUGGACACAGUGCAAAGGACUGUCGCUACAGACUUGUAUGUGAAGUCUGUAAGAAAAAACACCCCACAUGUCUCCAUAACUUUAGCUAUGACAAUGACAAAUCAGCCACAACCACAAAUCAAGGCAACAUAGAGCAGGCUGCAACUACCCUGUCACUCAACGCAGACACUAACGAACACUGUGCCAGCACUUUAAUGAUCGUACCAGUAUGGCUUUCUUCAGAGCACCACCCAGGUAUGGAAAAACUUGUCUACGCACUUUUAGACUCGCAAAGUGACACAGUAUUCAUUGACCAAGAUGUUUCCAACAGUCUCAAGGCUAAGUCUACACCUGUCAGGUUAAAACUCACUACAAUGCUUGGAAAGGAUGCUAUAAUGUCAAGCAAACGUGUCUCAGGUCUUAGAGUGAGAGGCUACAACUCCCCAGAAAUGAUCGAACUCCCUCCUGCUUACACUAAGGACUGUAUACCAGUGAACCGCUCACACAUCCCUACCUGUGAAACGGCAAGGCCAUGGAAUCACCUCACGGUAAUAGUAAAUGAGAUUCCCCCACAGUUAGGAUGUGAAGUCGGCUUGUUAAUAGGCUACAAUUGCUCUAAGGCACUGGCUCCAAGGCAGGUAAUACUAGGAGCCCUAUGCAGUUCGCACAGCAUUAGGAUGGAGUAUAGUAGGCCCAUCAUCAUAUCACGAUGACUCGUUAAACACGAAUACUAUGUGUCACAGAGUUAUAGUGAAGGAGUUCCCCCCAGUGACUCCAUCUGAUGCACUCAAGGUUCUCGAGUCUGACUUCAAGGAUGACAACAAAGAUGACAGGUCAGUCUCUCAAGACGACAUUCUCCUUUUGAACACACUAAAAGAAAGCAUAUAUAAAAAUAAAGGACAUUACGAAAUGCCGCUCCCCUUUAAGGACAGACCACACUUACCUGACAAUAAACGAACAGCCACUGUCAGACUAGAACAUCUAAAAAGAAAACUGUCAAAGGACCAAAGGUACAAAGAACAAUAUAUAAGGUUCAUGAGUGAAGUAAUAGAAAAGGGUGACGCAGAGGAAGCGCACAGGGAAGCCAAGGAAGGAGAAAAAUGGUAUAUUCCCCACCAUGGGAUAUAUCAUCCUCAGAAACCAGACAAACUCCGAGUAGUCUUUGACGGCUCAGCCAAAUACAAAGGAACCAGUUUGAAUGAGCACUUGUUAUCAGGCCCAGAUCUGCUGAACAGUCUAAACGGUGUUCUCAUCAGAUUCAGAAGGCACCAAGUUGCAUUACUUUGUGACAUUGAAAAAAUGUUCCAUCAGUUUCAUGUGUACGAAGCUGACAGAGACUAUUUAAGAUUUUUAUGGUGGAAAAAUGGCAAUCUGAAUACUGAGCCUCAAGAGUUUAGAAUGAAAGUGCACCUUUUUGGCGCCGCAUCCUCGCCAGGGUGCGCCAACUACGGCUUAAAGCAUCUAGCUAAAGAGAACGAGACACGGUUUCCCCUUGCUUCACAGUUCAUGCUGAAAGACUUCUACGUGGAUGACGGUGUAACAAGUACUUCAAGCGUAGAGGAAGCCAUUCAGCUUGCAAAGGAAGCUCAGACAAUCUGUGCAUCAGGUGGCCUCAGAUUGCACAAGUUUAUGAGUAACAACAAAAGAGUGUUAAAAAGUAUUCCUCCAUCCGAACGUGCUACUCCAAAGCUGGCUUGCGACCUAGCCUUUAAUGACUCUAAAAUGGAAAGAGCGCUAGGCAUCCACUGGCACAUUGAGUCUGAUACACUUAGAUUUCGCUUUCGCCCCAACGACCAACAUGCCACAAGGCGUGGCAUCCUAUCAACAGUAGCAUCUCUUUACGACCCACUGGGAUUUGUUUCCCCCUUUGUACUCAUAGGUAAAAGAGUGCUCCAAGAGACAUGCAAACAAGGCACGGACUGGGAUGAUCCCCUUCCCACUGAACUAAGGCCAGUAUGGGAUAACUGGAAAAGUGACCUAGAGAACUUAGAGAAAAUCACCAUACCACGCUGUUACGUGCCUAAAGACUUUGGCCAAGUAGUGAAAACAGAGUUGCAUCACUUUUCUGACGCAUGCUCAUAUGGUUAUGGUCAAUGUUCAUACUUACGUCAUGUAAACAAAGAGAAUAAUGUACAUUGUGCUCUAAUUACAGCAAAGACCAGAGUCGCUCCUAUAAAGAUCACAACAAUACCAAGACUCGAACUUACAGCUGCUGUCGUCUCAAUCACUGUCAGUAACAUGUUAAAGGAUGAGCUUGGAUUGACACAAGUGGAUGAAUACUUCUGGACGGACUCGAAGGUCGUUUUAGGCUACAUCAAUAAUGAAGCACGUCGUUUCCACACCUUUGUGUCCAAUAGAGUUCAAAAGAUAAGGCUUAACAGUUCCCCUCAGCAGUGGAGAUAUGUCCCCUCAGAUCAAAACCCCGUGGAUAUGGCUUCCCGAGGUUCAAGUGCAAGUGAGCUCAUCACAUCAGACUGGUUUAAAGGGCCACAGUUUCUCCGGGCCAAAGAAAUACCUCCAGCUGCAGAAAUCGUCACAGACAUACCACUGGGAGAUCCAGAGGUCAAAAAGGUACAUUCAUUGAACACACUCAAAACGGAACACUCAAGUCUAUCAGAUAAGCUGGUUAAGUUUUCUUCAUGGUACAAGGCCACUCAAGCUAUAGCUCGUCUCAUCCGUUGUGCAAAGAAAGAUAAAGCUACAGGCCAUAGUACAGUACAAGAAAGACAAAAUGCACAAUGUGUUAUACUAAAGGACUUACAAGCUAAUGUCUAUAAAGAAGAGAUAAGGAUGCUUACCAAGGGAAAGUCACUUCCUCACCAAAACCAACUGUUUCAAACAGAUGCUUUUCUUGAUAACGAUGGACUCCUCAAGGUGGGAGGAAGGCUGAAAAAUGCAUCAUUCUCAACUAUACUGAAACACCCAGUUAUCAUUCCAAAGAAUCAUUAUCUAACCAAACUAAUAAUAGCCCAAUUCCACAGUGAAGUGCAACAUCAAGGCAAAGGACAGACUAUUAAUGAGAUCAGGUCGAAUGGAUUUUGGAUCCCAGGCAUAAACAAGGCUGUAGCUAACUAUGUGUAUCAAUGUGUAAAGUGUCGCAGAUUAAGACGACCUACAGAAGAGCAAAGAAUGUCAGAUCUCCCAUCAGAGCGUUUAGAUCCAUCUCCACCGUUCUUGUAUUGUGGAAUGGACUGUUUUGGUCCCUUUCUGACUAAACAAGCACGCAAAGUUCAUAAGCGUUAUGGACUACUUUUGACAUGCCUUUGCUGCAGAGCAGUUCACAUUGAAAUGUUGGACGAUAUGACCACGGACGCCUUUAUCAAUGUGCUCCGUUGCUUCAUAGCAAUAAGAGGAGCCGUGAGUGAAAUAAGGUGUGAUCAAGGAAGUAACUUUGCGGGAGCUAAAAAUGAGCUACAUGAGGCUUUAAAGGAAGUGGACUCUGAGCGCCUCACCACAUUCUUAGCUGAAAAACAGUGUGAUUUCAUAAUGCAUACUCCUCAUUCAAGCCAUACAGGAGGCGUAUGGGAAAGGCAAAUCAGAACGGUAUGAAAUGUUCUUCGUUCCACCGUCUCACUUUCAUCUGGUAGAAUAGAUGAUGCAUCACUAAGGACUUUCUUCUACGAAGCAAUGGCUAUCGUCAACAGUAGGCCUCUUACAGUGGACAAUCUAAGUGACCCUAAUAGCCCAGAGCCAUUGACCCCUAAUCACCUGCUAACAAUGAAGUCUAAAGUAGCACUGCCUCCUCCAGGUCAAUUCAUCAGAGAAGACAUGUAUGCACGUAAAAGGUGGCGACAAGUUCAGUACUUAUCAGAACAGUUUUGGUCCCGUUGGAAAAGAGAAUACCUCUCCAAUAUCGCUACACGACAGAAAUGGCAUACCCCAAAGAGAAACUUAAAGGUUGGAGAUGUUGUCAUGGAGAAGGUGGACGACUUACCUCGCAAUGAUUGGAGAUUAGCACGAGUAACAGAUACAGUAAUAGACAAUGAUGGACUAGUUAGAAAAGUGAAGAUUUGUUUUGGAGAAAGGAAGAUAGAAAAGGGACAUUCUUCUGGAAAACGGUCUAUUGUUGACCGCCCAGUGCAGAAACUAGUUCUGCUCCUAGAGACUGUUUAAUCCAUUCUACAGAUAUCCUUUAAAGUUUGAAGUAUAUUGUUUUGCAUAUGGACUAAAGUGUUCAUUGACUUUAAGAGUUUAUAGUCAUUACUUCAUUAAGAAAUCAUUAUCGUUCUACAUUACCGAUUGUCAAUUAAGCUCUAAUGAUUUGAUGGGAGUGUAAAUGACUUCACAACCAUUUCUUACGGUUGCAAAUGUUUAUAUGCUUUGUUUCUUGUUUUCCCUAUUUAUAUGGUAUUUGCUUUUAUUUUGAAAUGAUGGCGUAACAAGCUGCUUCUAGGUGCUGUUAUCGGACUUACCUGCAGAAGAAGAAGAAGUCGAAGAAGAGUUUGUGAAAGAUAGCGCAUGAGUAAAAUAAUUUGUAGAAGUGUAAUAAAUACGGAGAACAUCAUUCAUAUUUAGCAACUGGUUGAUGAGGGAACAAGCAUCUCUCCAGAGGAGUACAUCUUUGCUGCCCUCAACCUCUAUCUGGACGUCAUCUCACUCUUCCUCCUGUUGCUGCAACUUAUGAGUCGUUGAAUUCUCUCACCAGAUUCAACUAAAACACUACCACCAUACAGAGGACAGCAUCUUUCCUCAAAACUGAUUACUACAAUGUUUGUCAAAAUGCUUAACAAUGUACUUUAUUCAGUCUGUAGAUAUGACAUAAAUGAUCCAGUACUUAUAAAGGUUGUAUUAAUAUGUUCUGAGUAAUGCAGUAUCACACUCCUAACAUAUGAUUUGAGCCCCCUGGCACCGGACACCUUGUAGGCAGAUAAAUCUUGGUGUUGUACCCAAUCUUGAGAGAUUAAUACUGAGUCAGAAUGAGAAUCUUCUGAAUCCUGUCGAGACCAUAAGAAAACCUCACAGCAAUGUGUCAUUGUGUGUUGGUGAACACACAACUAUGAUAUCUAUGAUUUAUUUUUGAGACUCGUUAAAGUGACAUCUAUGGAUUGCCACAAAUGAGAUUCAACACAAAAGUGAAACUCAACUCAGUUUAUUGACCACACCUCAAACAUAAUUUCAUAUAAAGAGGGAAUGUAUCAAGUAUAGACUAUGAAAGUGCAAACAGGAUUUCAAGGAUUAGUUGCUUUACAAUACACAAUCGUAAUGGGUUAGAAAAUGUUUGCCAUUUCUGAAGUCCUUUGCUUUGGCAUUUGAAAUUAGAUGUCAAGGAAAAUACAAAUUCCAAGUAUUUUUAUUUCAUGCAGAGCAUACUGUUGUAUAAAGAGACAAUAGUAUUUCUUACUCCACAGCUUAUCCAUUCGACAUUACUUAAGUCCAACAUAGUUCACUAGAUCAGUAUAUGGCACUUACUGCUUCACAGACACAGUUUAAUCGUCUUUCUGUGGUUUCAGUUAAAAAAUACUAUGACUUUAAUACAGUCAGACAUGAGUUUGGGGAAAGCCCAACUCAAGAAGUACAUUUUGUCAAAUUUGUUAUACUGAACAUUGUACUUUAUAGACGUUUAAUCAACAUAUUUUGUAUCAAAUCUUCUCCAAUAUAUCUUGAUAAAAAUAUUUAUUUCUAAUAUGACAGACUUUUGAUUUCAAAUAACUAGUCUUUAACACACAGAUUAUGCUUUGCUUAACUAACCUUCCUAAAUACAAGCUUUUAUGCAGGACUGCUUUACAAAGUUAGGAGAGUAAAUAAUUUUUGUACCAAGGAAAAAUGUAUACUGCAAUAGUGUUUUCCUGCAGUAGAAAAUACAAUACACAAUCUUUCGUCAAAUAAAGACUUAACUCUCUACUUCAGUUUCUUGGCUAUAGAUAAACCUGUAUCUACCAACAGGCCCACACGUUAGUCCCCUGAAACACAAAUUCAACAACAAAAACAUUUAAUAAAAAUAUGUAUUUGGAGAUGAGAUGUGGUUCAAAACCAACAUGUUCCAUAAUACAAACUUUAAAUCAUGUAAAUCAAAGGGUUAUAUUUCAAGGCAUUAGACAAACAGACUCUGCAAACACAGGGAGGCUACAAAUGUGUAUAAAAAAUCAUCAAAAACGACAGGUUAGGACACUUGUUUUGUGUGAAAUUGAAAGUGAAAUUGAUCAAACAUAUGUUACAUGUGUAUCUUUAUCCACACUGUUAACCUACUAUAAGCACAAAAAAAUGUGGCAAUAAAUAAUAAUAGUUUGACAUAAAGGCACUGUAAUGAAUUGCGUAGAAAGAACUGUUUCAAGACAAGUUGACAUGUUUCUGAGGAACGAUACAUGUCCAUGUACUGUAGCCCUAGAGUUGGAAAGCCCUAUUGAGGCUCAACAUACAGUUUUCAAUGACCAGUGACAGGUUACAGUGAUUAGGUUUAACGAUUCAUUCACAGAAAAUAUCUGAUUGCAAUUCUACCUGCUGCACUCUCCUGCUUUGCAGCCAGACAGCAGAUAGUCGGAUCUCCAUCCAAGGCAGUCUGUCAACAUCAAGUCAGUCGUUAUACAAUAAUGGUCAGGAACAACCACCUCGGCAAGUGGACAGAAUUUGCUUUAAAUUCACUUGGUGAUAGCUAACAGCUAACUGUGCUUUUGCUAAUCAGUGUUUGGCCACUAAGCACAGGCAGAUAAGGAUCUUAGAAGUUUGUUUAUACUGGGGUAAAUCUACAAACCAGCUGUGCAGCCAUCCUUCACAGGAGAGAAACCCUCAGAUUGGAUCUACACACAGUAGGCUUUAACUCCAGUGGAAAAAAUCUCCAAUUAAAACAGACUUGCAAAUGUACUACAUGCACUUCAGUGCAGUCCAUAAGUCUUUGGACAGUGAUAUAUUUUAGCCUUUUCUCUACUCCAGCACAUUGUAUUUGAAAUAAAAAAUUAAUAAUUUUAAGGUGUAAACUGUCAACUUUAUUUA